CAAGCUGUGACACCUAAUGAUCCUUUACCAGGAACAGUAGUUGUCUUCACUUCCGUUGUUGUUCGCCACUUCGCAGGUCUCUUACAUGGUUUUCAUUCUAUUUUUCGAACCUGUUCUUUUAGUUUAGAUUAGUGGUAAUUGAGUUUUUAGAUGUUAUGGUUUUAGGGGAAGAAUAUUGUGUGGGCUCAAAUGCAACGAAAGUAUAUUGCAACUUGCACUAUCCUCACGUGCACCCCCUGCUUGAUAAUAUAGAAAAUGUCCCGCUGGCCAUUGACUACACGUUGGAGGAUGCUAUAUGGUUAAGUGAGAUAUGUUCCAUUUCGGAACUGAAUCUAUAUAAGACUGAUUUCACCAACCAGGGGAAUUUGUACCUUACUACUGCAACAGUCAAGGAUGUUACUGUUUCUUGGUCAAGUGUGCAUCUCAAGUUUAUGGUGAGGCUGACUGUUGCUACUGGUCCUCAUGAGGCUUCUAUCAUGUUUAUGACUACCAAGUUCCGGUGGAUAGCAAGCCGUAUCAUUGAGGCUACAGACAAGGAAUGGACCAAUGACUUCAGGACUCUCCUAGCUGCUCUCAGGGGGAAUAUAUUGAAGUUUAUGAUUGAAUUUGGAGAUUUCAACGGCCAGACCAAUGAGUUUGAUUUGGUUCUUCGCAAAUUAUUCUGGUAGAGGGGGUGACGUACUUGAACAGUGCUUUAAUUCAAAG